AUGGAUGAAUCUAUUGAAAAUCUUGUUUCGGAAAAACAUCUGAAUGUAAUUGAAUAUGAUCAAUUUGGUGAAUUAGAAAAGAUUACAAAAAAUAUUUCUGAGAUGUAUAAAUCAAAAUGGAAACCCUUCAAUUUACCUGUUGUUUUGAAAAUAUUUAAUAUUGAUAAUAAUGAUUUCUUUAUAAAUGAAAUUAAAUAUUUACAUAAAUUUGAUAUCAAGGAAGAUACUCCAAAUGAAUUUAAUUUCGAAUCCAAUCCAAUAUGGAAAGAUUAUUCUAUUUUUCUAUUUUCGAUUAUGGAAUGUUCUAAUAUGAUUAAAGAUUAUCAUAAGGAUAGAAUAUUAGUAUUGUAUCAUGAAAACAAAGAUUUGUUUGACCAUUAUUUGUAUGUUGUUAAAGUUUUGAAUCAUAAAUUACAAAAUAUAAAUGAACUUUGUAAUUCUAAAUUAGAAAAAUAG